CGGAAACUGGAGUCAGUGUUUACGCAGGGGAGGGGAUUCGCUCGGUAAACCUCAGAACUGACACUGAAACAUGUUGCAGCUCCUCAUUCUCUGCCUGUUAACAUGGAUCCCAGCCUUCCUCUGUGGGGUAACUACUUUGAAAGAAGUUGCAGUUCUGGAGGGUCGACCCCUAACAAUUCCGUGUCAUUAUGAGCCUCAGUACGCCAGCUAUGUAAAGUACUGGUGUCACGGGAGCACGAAGGAGUUCUGCACCAGUGUAGCACGAACAGAUAACCCCAGUUCCGCGAAUCCAGCUGAGGACAAAGUGAGCAUUUACGAUGACCCGGUCCAGCUGGUGUUCACGGUGACCUUAAAUGACCUAAAGGAGGACGACUCUGGAUGGUACAUGUGCGGCGUGGAGAUAGGCGGCAUCUGGAGCGCUGAUGUGGUAGCGUUCACAAACAUCAAGGUCAUACAUGGUUUGUCAGCGGUGAACAGCCGUCUGAGCGGGGAAGAAGGGAGUAGCAUCACAGCUGAGUGUCUCUACAGUGAGAGAUACAGAGAAAGUGUGAAGAAGUGGUGUCGAAGUGGAGACUGGAGCUCCUGUCUGCUGACAGGCCCUGAAGGAAGCUACGAAGACACUUCAGUGGCCAUCAGUGAUGACAGAACUGGGGCUUUCACUGUAACCUUAAAGAAGCUGCAGUUAAGAGAUAACGGCUGGUACUGGUGCUCCGCUGGACAGCAGCAGAUACCAGUGAAUGUGCUGGUCACACGGCGGCCCACAACCACCGCAGAAUCUGUGACAUCCCCACCUAAACCGAGUCAGUAUGCUGCUCACCUGCCUCCACCCAAACCCGUCGAUAGGGAGUCAUGGAACAGUCAUGGUCACAUCUUGGUGUCUUUGCUGGUGUGCUCUGCUCUAAUGGUCAUGGUGGGCUUGGCCAUAUUGGUGAGAAAGAUGUGGAAACUACACAAGCAAGAUCCCGUGCUAAGACAAGUUAAGGAGUCGAAAGCCAGGCUCAGUGGGUUUCCAGGCCAUGUAUGUGACCUGCAAGACACGGCUGUCAUUUUUCACAACAACGAUUCCCAGGAUGUUCACGUGUACUGAGUUUGUCCUUUCUCAGUUUAUUGUUACUUCCUGCAACUGAAUGUACAUUUUUGUUACUUCACUGUGAGAACAUUUGUGCUUUUGUACAUGACACACAACACCACAUUUAAAGACAGUUUUCUGCCUUCUACUUUCCAUAUGCAGCUGGUAUAGACUGGAGGUACUUUAUGUCAAGCACAUCUCCUCCUGUUUUAAUUCUGUCAAAAGCUAGACCACCAUGACAGACACUGAUAAAAGGAUUUAACUGUUCAUAAUUGAGUUCAAAUUGUAGGUUAUUACUUCUGUAAUCCUAAAUAUGAAAUUUGAAUAAACUGUGUUUUACCGUU